UUAGCAACACAAUGAACAAGAAGAAGUGGCCAGAAGUUACAUUUCCGUUUACCGUGCCAAGUUUGCAGAUGAUUCAGAUACUGAGAAAUGAUGCGUCCUCAAGCACGUGGGCUCAGAUCUUUAUCUAACGUGUGUGUGUGUUUUGUUUUUGUUUGUUUUUUGUAGAUUACAAGGAUGUUGUGUUCAAGGAGGAUUCUGCAGCAGUGGUGUUUGGCUGUGUUUUUAUUGUGUUCUCCUGUGCCACACUACGGCAGGCCCAUCGACGCCCUCAGCAACAGAAUGAAGCGGUCAGUGACGCAUGCCCAGCUGAUGCACGACAAGGGUCGAACUCUGCAGGAAUUCAAGCGGCGCAUGUGGCUGCACGAGUUGUUGCAUGAGGUGCAUACAGCCGAGCUCCGUGAAGUGCAGCAGCGUGGCGGAGUCAGUGGCGGAGGCGGGGCUAUCAGUGUCGGCGUUCCCAUGGGCGUAGGUGUGGGCGUGAGUCUGAGCCCAGGCACGGCUAACCCUAAGCCCGCUGGCGGCACCAAGAACCUCCCAAUCGGCUUCAGCCCAGAAGACGAAGAGGGCACUAACCUCCCACAAGAGACCAACAAGUCGCAGAUCUACAAAGACGGAGCGCCCAAGGCCGGGAUGAAGAAGAAGAAGAAAGGAAAAGCAGGAAAGCGGAGGGAAGGCGAGAAGAGGAAACGGCGAACCCGUUCGCUGAACAGACCCAUGGCUAUCGAACCAGACAACAGCUUCCACCUGGAGCGGCGAAUACACAUGGCCCAGCAAGCAGCAGCAGCGCACUAGAACACUGUCAGUCUCUGACAACGAUUCCAAAGGUCAUAAUAGGACAUUUCUACAUGGACACCAAAAUGCUCGUGUCGCGGUAUUCACUGUAACGGUGAUAGUUGGAAGAGUUGCUAGCAAAAAAAUAUAUAUAUUUAUUGUAUGUAAAUAUUCUCGAUUUAGUGAUAAACGAAUAAUAAAGAUAAGGAUGAAACAUUAUCCCGUUGCUCUGUCGGGCUAUAGAUUUUGAUCUUUGUGAAUACUUUGCUUUAUUCUUUUUUUUUUCCUUGUUUAUAUAUAUAUAUAUAUAUACCUAUACCUAUAAUUAUCGAUGUCAGAUUUGCAGUAAUUUAUUUUGUUUGAAUGGUGUAUUUAUUUUGUAAAGGUAUCAAGGUGCUGCUGACCUUUUUAUAUUUUUGUACCAUAAUGCACUUUAGAUAUAUAAACAUAAAUCUAUCUACAAGUAAUGCCAUUAAUUGACUUAUUUUGUGGUUAUAUGAAUGAAGAAAACAACAACCUUCCUCUUUUUUUAAAUUUUUUUUUAUUUUAUUUUUUUUUAGCCGUAUCUCUGUCUAGUUGUUUGUCUUCUUGCUUUGGCGUUCAUUUGUUUUUGUUUUCCUUCGUUUUCUUCGCUGCUGACCUGGACAUCGCACGUGUCGUCCGCAGAUUCAGUCCUAAGAACACUAAUGUACUAUAUGAUUUAUUUUCAUUUACACCAGUACACGUUGUACAUAAACAGCACACACGCUCUUCACUGAACUCAUGUUCCUUGGCACUUGCACUGACUAAACAAUCCUGUAUUGAACGGAUUAAACAUCUGACAGUCAUCACGCAUUGCCCUGAGUCCUGUGUGUGUGUGUGUGUGUGCGUGUGUGUCUUUGUGUGUCUGCAGUCUAACCAUAAAAUGUUUACAGUGAAUAUAAAUUCUUCAAAUUUGAUCAUUUCCACACACAAAAAAAAACCUCUUUAUUUUACACAUACACAGAAAACACUGUGUACGUGAGAGCACUUUAUGUGUGUAUAAGUGGGUCACAAAUGCAGCAAUAACAUUUACUACCAAAGGCAAAAAAGAUGCCUAGUUGACUUCAUUUAAUGAACAUAUUUCAAGCUGUUUAAAAAUCCGAGUAAAACUAUUUUUCAAACAAAAAAAAAAAAAACACCAUCGGGAUGAACAUGGACCGAUUAGUAAGCAGUAAGCAUAAACAGAGAUAAGUGCUACUGAAGAUCCAGUCUUGUGUUACAG